CCUCCUCUCCUGCCAAUCCUGGCACCUGAGCGCCGAGCCACUGCACCGAGGAGGACCCCACUCCGGACGAACCCCGAGCUUGAAUCCACGGACACACCGCCCCUGGGCAGCGGGUUCCUGCCGGAGGGACCUGCGGCCGCCCACUCAGGCCACCGCCGUCGCCUGCAGCCUCCGGAGCGCACGGCCCCUCCGAGCCACCCGCUGCGCCCUGGUCCCCGGGGAUCCUCGCCCGGCAGAGGCGCGGCAGCGGGCAGGUGGUAUUACAGAGCUGGGUGCACGAUUCGCCUUCUGCUCGUCUCUUCGCCGGGGAUUUAUUGUCUGUAGAGCCUUCUGGGGGUGGGGAGAGAGCUGCGCCUCCGCCACCGCUGCCGCCGCUGGUGCUGCGGUCGCUAGCGCGGCGCGCAGGGCAGGCAGAGGCUGGGAGUGGAUGCGCUCCUGCCUCCCCCGCCAGCGCCUUGGGCUUCCCUUCGGCCGCUUCCCGCCGGAACCUGCCGGCUGUCCACCUGAAGGGCACCUGCAUCAUGGUCUAACGUGACACCUGCCUGGAGUCCCCUCUUUUUCCUCCUCUUCCUCCACCCCUCCUCUCUUCCUCCUCCGAGGACCCUCUUGCCCACUCCACUGCGGACCCCCGAACACUUUAAGGAAUAAUCCUCGGCAGCAGCACGAUCUACUCUCUCUGGAACCUCAUGGGCAGUUUCUUCCGCCGGCGAUGAUGGAGAACCUAAUAAGGGGAAGGAAUCCCCCGCAAUACCAGAGAAGUCCUUGUAAAGAAGUUCGUGCAGCACUUCGGAAGAGGCCUGAAGAGGAGUUGCAGUGCCUGGAGAUGACCACCAAGCGGAAAAUCAUCGGCCGUCUGGUGCCUUGCCGAUGUUUCCGAGGAGAAGAGGAAAUCAUCUCAGUUUUAGAUUACUCCCACUGCAGUCUUCAGCAGGUGCCAAAGGAGGUCUUCAACUUUGAACGGACCUUAGAGGAACUGUAUCUGGAUGCCAAUCAAAUUGAAGAGCUACCGAAGCAAUUGUUCAACUGUCAAGCUCUAAGAAAACUAAGUAUUCCUGAUAAUGACCUCUCAAAUCUGCCAACCACUAUUGCUAGCUUAGUUAAUCUUAAAGAACUCGACAUCAGUAAAAAUGGUGUACAAGAAUUUCCAGAAAAUAUAAAGUGUUGUAAGUGUUUAACAAUUAUUGAAGCCAGUGUCAAUCCCAUUUCUAAACUCCCUGAUGGCUUCACGCAGCUUCUAAAUCUGACCCAGCUCUACCUGAAUGAUGCCUUUCUUGAAUUUCUUCCAGCCAAUUUUGGAAGACUUGUCAAAUUGCGGAUCUUGGAAUUAAGAGAAAAUCACUUGAAAACUCUACCAAAGUCAAUGCACAAACUGGCCCAGUUGGAAAGACUUGACCUAGGCAAUAAUGAAUUCAGUGAGCUGCCUGAAGUUAUGGAUCAAAUACAAAAUUUGAGGGAGUUAUGGAUGGAUAAUAAUGCUUUGCAGGUGCUUCCUGGGUCUAUAGGGAAGUUAAAGAUGUUGGUAUACCUGGAUAUGUCAAAAAACAGAAUAGAAACAGUUGACAUGGACAUUUCUGGAUGUGAAGCCCUUGAAGACCUCCUACUGUCAUCCAACAUGUUGCAACAGUUGCCAGACUCUAUAGGACUGUUGAAAAAGCUAACUACUCUAAAAGUAGAUGACAAUCAACUUACAAUGCUACCCAAUACAAUCGGAAAUUUAUCGUUGUUAGAAGAAUUUGACUGCAGCUGUAAUGAACUGGAGUUGCUACCUUCUACUAUUGGCUAUCUUCACAGUCUUCGAACAUUAGCAGUGGAUGAGAAUUUCCUUCCAGAAUUACCCAGAGAAAUUGGAAGCUGUAAGAAUGUAACAGUUAUGUCCCUGCGCUCUAACAAACUGGAAUUUCUUCCUGAAGAGAUUGGACAAAUGCAGAAACUAAGAGUCUUAAAUUUGAGUGACAACAGAUUGAAGAAUUUGCCAUUCUCGUUUACCAAACUAAAAGAGCUUGCAGCUUUGUGGCUUUCUGACAAUCAGUCCAAAGCCCUUAUCCCUUUACAAACUGAAGCCCAUCCAGAAACAAAGCAAAGAGUAUUGACUAAUUACAUGUUUCCCCAGCAACCUCGUGGUGAUGAAGAUUUCCAGUCGGACAGUGACAGCUUUAACCCUACUCUGUGGGAAGAGCAGAGACAACAACGUAUGACUGUUGCCUUUGAAUUUGAAGAAAAAAAGGAAGAUGAUGAAAAUGCUGGGAAAGUUAAGGAUCACUCCUGCCAAGCCCCCUGGGAAAGGGGCCAGCGUGGGAUUACUCUCCAACCUGCCAGACUGUCUGGCGAUUGCUGCACACCAUGGGCCAGGUGUGAUCAGCAGAUCCCAGAUAUGCCCGUCCCCCCGAAUGACCCCCCGCUGGCAUGGGGUUGUGUAAGUGGCCUCCAGCAGGACAGGAGCAUGUGCACUCCAUUGCCAGCUGCAGCACAGCCCACCACUCUUCCCUCUCUAAGUGGCAGACAGGUUGAAAUAAACCUAAAACGAUAUCCAACUCCUUACCCAGAGGAUUUAAAGACUAUGGUAAAAUCUGUUCAAAAUCUGGUGGGUAAGCCAAGCCAUGGAAUGCGUAUUGAGAAUUCAAAUCCAACUGCUAACACGGAGCAAACUGUGAAAGAAAAAUAUGAACACAAGUGGCCUGUGGCCCCAAAGGAGAUUACAGUGGAGGAUUCUUUUGUUCAUCCAGCUAAUGAAAUGAGGAUUGGGGAACUUCACCCUUCAUUAGCUGAGACUCCUCUAUACCCACCCAAACUUGUUCUGCUAGGGAAGGACAAAAAAGAAUCAACUGAUGAGUCUGAAGUUGACAAAACUCACUGUCUGAAUAACAGUGUUUCCUCAGGCACUUACUCAGACUACUCACCUUCCCAGGCUUCCUCAGGAUCCUCUAACACCCGGGUUAAAGUGGGGUCCUUGCAGACAACAGCUAAAGAUGCAGUACAUAAUUCUUUGUGGGGUAACAGGAUCGCACAAUCUUUCCCACAGCCUCUUGAUUCAAAGCCAUUACUCAGCCAGCGGGAGGCUGUGCCCCCGGGGAAUCUCCCGCAGCGCCCUGACCGGCUGCCGAUGAGUGAUGCUUUCACCGACAACUGGACUGACAGCUCCCAUUAUGAUAACACAGGGUUUGUCGCAGAGGAGACCACAGGCGAGAAUGCCAACAGCAAUCCUCUCCUAAAUUCAAAAUCCAGAAGCGCAGCUUCUCACAGUCGCAGGCCUUUGAUUAGGCAGGAUAGAAUUGUUGGCGUUCCCCUGGAACUUGAGCAGUCUACACACAGACACACACCAGAAACAGAAGUGCCUCCUUCCAAUCCUUGGCAGAAUUGGACCAGAACCCCUAGUCCUUUUGAAGACAGGACCGCUUUCCCUUCCAAAUUAGAGACAACCCCCACCACCAGCCCAUUGCCUGAACGGAAAGAACAUAUAAAGGAGUCUGCUGAAAUACCCAGUCCUUUUUCUCCGGGAGUACCAUGGGAGUAUCACGAUUCCAAUCCCAACAGGAGUCUUAGUAAUGUCUUUUCUCAAAUCCACUGCCGCCCAGAAUCUUCUAAAGGUGUUAUUUCCAUUAGCAAAAGCACAGAGAGGCUUUCCCCACUAAUGAAAGAUAUCAAAUCCAAUAAAUUCAAAAAGUCACAGAGUAUCGAUGAGAUUGACAUUGGCACGUACAAGGUGUAUAACAUACCUCUAGAGAACUAUGCUUCUGGGAGUGAUCAUUUAGGAAGCCAUGAACGACCAGAUAAAAUGCUGGGACCAGAGCACGCUAUGUCCAGCAUGUCUCGAAGCCAGUCAGUCCCAAUGCUGGAUGACGAGAUGCUCACGUACGGAAGUAGUAAAGGGCCACAACAACAAAAAGCUUCCAUGACAAAAAAAGUCUAUCAGUUUGACCAAAGCUUCAAUCCCCAAGGAGCAGUGGAAGUUAAGGCCGAAAAGAGGAUCCCGCCCCCUUUCCAACACAAUUCUGAGUACGUUCAACAGCCCAGCAAAAACAUAGCCAAGGAUUUGGUUAGUCCGAGAGCUUACAGAGGAUACGCACCAAUGGAGCAAAUGUUUUCAUUUUCUCAGCCAUCUGUUAGUGAGGAUGCUGUGAUGAAUGCCCAGUUUGCAAGCCAAGGGGCCAGGGCAGGCUUCUUGAGAAGAGCCGACUCCCUGGCGAGUUCCACAGAAAUGGCCAUGUUUAGAAGGGUCAGUGAACCUCAUGAGCUGCCUCCGAGUGAUAGGUACGGCAGACCUCCAUAUAGGGGCGGUCUGGAUCGCCAAAGCAGCGUUUCAGUGACUGAGUCCCAGUUCCUGAAAAGGAAUGGCAGGUAUGAAGACGAACACCCUUCAUAUCAAGAAGUGAAAGCUCAGGCGGGAAGUUUUCCGGUUAAAAACCUUACCCAAAGGAGGCCAUUGUCUGCGAGAAGCUACAGUACAGAGAGUUACGGUGCCUCCCAAACCAGGCCAGUUUCAGCUAGGCCUACUAUGGCAGCUCUUUUGGAAAAAAUACCAUCUGACUAUAACUUGGGUAACUAUGGUGACAAGCCAUCAGAUAACAGUGAUAUAAAGACGAGGCCUACUCCAGUGAAGGGAGAGGAGAGCUGUGGUAAAAUGCCUGCAGACUGGAGACAACAGCUGCUUAGACAUAUAGAAGCUAGAAGGUUAGACAGGAAUGCUGCUUACAAACACAACACAGUUAACCUUGGCAUGCUGCCCUAUGGAGGUAUUUCAGCAAUGCAUGCAGGCAGAAGCAUGACUUUAAACUUGCAGACUAAGUCUAAAUUUGAUCUCCAAGAACUACCUCUUCAGAAAACCCCGUCCCAGCAAAGCAACAUUUUAGACAAUGGACAAGAAGAUGUAUCUCCUAGUGGCCAAUGGAAUCCUUAUCCUCUUGGGAGGCGGGAUGUACCUCCGGACACCAUUACUAAAAAGGCAGGCAGCCACAUCCAGACCUUGAUGGGGUCCCAAAGCCUUCAGCAUCGCAGCCGGGAGCAGCAGCCAUACGAGGGGAAUAUAAACAAAGUGACCAUCCAGCAGUUUCAGUCACCAUUGCCUAUUCAGAUCCCCUCUUCACAGGCCACUCGAGGACCUCAGCCUGGACGGUGCUUAAUUCAAACUAAAGGGCAAAGGAGUGUGGAUGGAUAUCCAGAGCAGUUUUGUGUGAGAAUAGAAAAGAAUCCUGGCCUUGGAUUUAGUAUCAGUGGUGGAAUAAGUGGACAAGGAAAUCCAUUUAAACCUUCUGACAAGGGUAUCUUUGUUACUAGGGUUCAGCCUGAUGGACCAGCAUCCAAUCUGCUGCAGCCUGGUGAUAAGAUCCUUCAGGCAAAUGGACAUAGUUUUGUACAUAUGGAACAUGAAAAAGCUGUAUUACUACUGAAGAGUUUCCAGAACACAGUAGACCUAGUUAUUCAACGUGAGCUUACUGUCUAAAUAUUUUUUAUAAAUAGUGAAGAUAUGUCUAGCCAGACCUAAUGUUCAAAAAUAAAUUUAUACAUAGAAACAAAUUUUGCCAAUUGCUGGACCAAUGGCAAACAUUAGUGCCAAAUGUAUAAUAUUAUAUGUUAGCACUGAUCUUCCUUAAAAAUGUUAACUAUAUAAAUAUGAUGUUCAUGUGGUUAUGUAUUAGUUUUAAUUGUCAGCCUCUGGCUGUGCAUUGGUGCAGUUUUGUUUUUGUUUGUUUUUGUUUUUAAUCAAAUAAGUUUCUUCUCGAAGUGGAUUUCAUAUAAUUUCGGAGCACGGAAGCACACACAAGCUACGAAUUCUGCUCUCCAUCAGAAACACUGCCUCAAAGUUGUAUAUGCCUUUAUAUAGAAAAUACAAAUAUAAAGAAUUGUAAUUCCCAUAAAAUAUUUCUAGCACAAGGUAUAUGUUGGCAUAUAUACAAGAAAAAUAUAGAGAAAAACAAUAUUUUCAUAAACUAAACAUCUCGGAUUGAGAAAGAAAAUAUAUCUUAAAAUAAGACUUUACUAUAAUAAAUCUUUUUCAAUAAAAAUUACAUGAUAAUGCCUUAUGAAAGUAACUGUACAUAUGGUAUAAAGUGUUUAUAUUUGGUUCCAUAUUCAUUUGCUAAAUUCUCAUAACACAGAGUGAAAUAUUUCAUAAAUUAGUCAUCUAUCUCUGGGACCUGAAUAAAAAGAGGAUAAACUGAUUUGUUCAAUGCCUUUAGCUAAUUAUAAUACAUGCAGAGUCAAGAACCACACUAAAGGUCACUAUAGGUAAAUCAUUUUCACCAAAAAUUUAAGCAGUGAAUGAUGGGUGGCAGGAAAGGUACUGCUUUAUUUCUUUCAAGUUUAUGUUGAUUUUAAACUGUAGCCCUUGUGAUUUCUUUACUUGUAAAUGUGGAAUUUAUUUGUGUGUUGCUUUAUCUAAUUUGCUAUUUUUAAAUCAUUUCAAAUGAGUUUUGGGGAUUGAUAAAAUUUAUCAUUAAGAGAGACUUGUUAGAAAGUUAUGGGGGGGCUAUUUAAACAACUUUGGUAUUUAAAUAUGAAACUUCAAAUAUAAUUUCUCAGAGCUAUGGUCUAUCUGUAUUAUUAAUUUCAAUGCCUGGUUUUGUGGGCAGAAAUACUUUUUUUUCCAAAAAAGUUUCAAACUAUAUAAAAUCCUGAAUUCUGUCUCACUGGAGAGAAAGACAAGCAGAGUUAAUACAGAAUGUUAUUUUUACAUUGGAACUGUUUUCCUCUGUAAUGGUCAUAAAAUUCAUUUCAUAGUCCCUUAAAAAUAUUUUCUUAUAUAUAGUCAUUAACCUGAUUAAAAUAUUAAAUGGAAACUCCAGGAUAAUUUCCCACAGUUGGUUUUAUGCGUUCUCUCUCAUCUUUACAAAUAGUUAUUAUUUUUAAAUGUAUUUUACUUUAUAUGCUACUGUUUCAAGUAUUCUAUUAGGAUUUUCACAAUAGUAUCAUAUAUUGAUGUCACUGAAGCUCUGAGAUAAAUAUUUGUAAGUUAACUGUUUUAUGGGGACAUUGAAAAAUAUUGUAUUUUUGUAGGGUCUAUUAAAAUGAGUGUCACUUAUUAGAAGUACAGUGGUAUUUUUUGGCAAUAGAAUUUGUCACUUGAAGGCAACUGAUACUUCAUUUUAUAGAUGAUGCACUAAUUUUGAUGUUGCUUUAUGUCAGCGUGACAUUAUGCCAUGAUUUUAUAGGUUUUGACAUUUAGCAAAUGAUUAAAUGAUUGGCCUAUUUAAUAUGUUUCCCAGAAGUAACUUCUAAAUGCAUUUUAAUAUAUUGACAGUUUCUGAUGAGAAAUGCCUUUCAGAGCCUAAUUUUCUUUAUCAAAAGCUCUCACCAAAUCACCAUACCACAUAUCCAGCUGCUAUGAUAGGAUGAUCAUCAUUAAUCAAGACAGAGGCCCUUACUGGCCUCACAAGAUCACUUAAAGGAAAAACAAACCCAUGAGUGUAGUUUGGUGAGAAUGAAGCACCUCAAAUCAUCCCAUCAGUUCAAAAAAUUUAAUCUUUUAUGGCAGAGGUGGGAGAAAAGCCAGAUAUAGGACUUGCCAAGUCUUUUUUCUUAUGUCAGGUUUGCACAUCAAACCCAGGGCAUCAGGAGAUGCUUCCGAGGCACAAAGCUGAGAGAAUCAUGAUCCUAGGAAACACUUCUUGCACUCCUGAUGUGACAGCAUUGUCUUAGGCCAGUGCUUUAAUCCUGCCUGUUCUGAAGGAGAUGAGAAGAGAAAAGGGACCCCUGCCCAGCUGGGAAAGAAACCUGAUGUGCCAGAGCACCUCGCUGUCAAUUGUACUGCCAAGCUGCAGGCCGAGGAAAGGCAGGUAAUAUAUAUAAAGAAGAGAGGCCCUUUGUUUUAGGUUGACUGAACAAAAUCACUAAUCACUUGAGGGGGAGAAAAUCUAAUUCAUUCCAUAGGUGACCAAAACCAGUAAUACAUUGAUUUUUGAGGAUUGACUUUUUUGGAGUAACUCGUUUUGCUGCCUGAAAUCAAAAUCUGGUGUAUGUUACCAAAAAUGACAAAAAAAAGGUUAAGGGUGUGCUUUAUCAAGAGGAAAAACCAACAACAACAAAAAAGGAGUGGAAUUCAUCAUGAUUCCAAGAGACUUGCCUCUUGGCCUUGGCGUUUUAUUGGUAUCUUUCUACUGAGGAAGUUGUCUCUGUUGAUGGGUCAGUAAGACACAGUGGAGGGCAAUAAGAAAGAUCAGAGCUAGAAAAAAAAGAGCAAGCACUGAGAAUUAUUAGUAGAAUUGCCACAGAUGUUAUAAGCCACAUAGACAUUAGUGGGCAACUUUUCAAACAGUUUACAUGGCUUAUGUCAUAAAAGCUCUCUUAUGAUAAUUCCAGCCUUCUAGACAACACAGGUCAUGUAAACAAACAAAAUGACUUCAAAAUCUAACUGUACUUUUGACAAGGAAUACUCAAAGUCAGCAAGACCUUGAAGUAUUUACAUUAUGCUAAUUUAUUCCUUAUUGAAUUCUACCAACUGUAUGUGUCCCAGUUCAUUAGAACUGUAAUUACGUAGACAUCAAACAAUCCUGGUUGUUUCUGAGCUUUACACUGGAUUAUCACCUUCAAGAUGGAAAGCAGUUUUAAAGAGGGGUGACAAAUCAGUAUUAAGUUGUUUUUAAUCUUAAAGAUGAUUAUACACAUAUCACUAACAUAAUUGCUUAUGUAAUAGUAGGACUGAAAUCUUUUUACAAGUGAGUCAAAGAGAAAGAAUAUUCAGAGGGAGGAAAACAUUGAAAAAAUUAGAUUUAUAUAUUCACUAUUAAGUGGAAAGUAUCUGAAUUUGCUAACAUGAUCAGGUGAAGGAAGCCAGAAAAACGUUUGGCUUUGAAUCAUGAAAUUUAUUCAAUACCUCCACAACAAUUUAAAGCUUUGGGAAAAAGUGUGUGUUUGCCAACUUGUCUCUCUAUUGGUUUUUAACGCUGUCUUCAAUUAAUUUCUGCCCUGUCUUGGCACACAGAUAAAGAAUAUCUAUUCUGACAAAUACACUCUUAACAAGAGGCAACGAUAGAACAUAAUCAAUUUUUAAAAUCUUGUUAAUGUAAGGCCACCGCUUACCACUCUAAGUUUUUGGUAAAUUCGAAAUCAGGCAACAUGUGUGACUGAUUCUUGAUAUAUUGACCAAACAGCAGAUUUAUAUAAACAUGGGAGUCAGUAAAAAGUUUUGCAAAUAAUGAAAUCUAGUAAGUUAAGAUGGGUCCUUUUUCUAGUAUCAAGAAAAGCAGGGUUGAAGUUCUGGUAAAGUUUCUCUCACAGAAAUGCUAAAUCUUUCUGAGGUUUAAUAAAAUGUUUAAACACUGGGUUGGUGAUGUGCCCUCUCUUACGGUUGUAGUUACCUAAUCAUCUGGAAAUCUUCAGAUUCAAGAUCACCUGCAAAAACUAUUUUCUUUAGCAAUGCAACUGUCUUCCAUUAUGAAAAGCAUCCUGCUUUGGCCCAGGAUAUUUCCCAUCACGCAGCAAGACUAUCCCCCAAGUAUCCAUUAUAACAAGAAAAUAGAAUGUAGGCUGUGGAAUAAGAUAGAUGUGCACUAUAGAAAGCAUGUGGGUUAAUAUUAUAGGAGAUCCUGGGAGUCAGCUUUCCUAUGCCUCCUUUCAGCUUCAUUUGAUAAACUCUUCAGGGAAUAUAUUUUCCAAAACACUCCACUGUACAAAACUAA